CUUCAUUCCCCAUCAUUGUGUUGUUCUUGUUCAUUGUUUUCCCUCCUUGUAUCAUCAUGCCCUCCGCAGACCAGAAUCCCAAGACCCUGUACGACAAGGUCUUUGGCGACCACAUCGUCAACGAGCAGGAGGAUGGCACAGUUCUUCUCUACAUCGAUAGACACCUCGUUCACGAGGUGACCUCGCCGCAAGCAUUUGAAGGUCUGAAGAACGCUGGCCGCAAAGUGCGCAGACCAGACUGCACCUUGGUCACGGUAGAUCACAACAUCCCUACCUCUUCUCGGAAAAACUUCAAAAAUGUCGAAGAGUUCAUCCAAGAGAACGAUUCCAGACUCCAAUGCACCACUCUCGAAGAAAAUGUCAAAGACUUCGGUCUAACAUAUUUCGGCAUGGGUGAUAAGCGUCAGGGGAUUGUCCACAUCAUUGGCCCAGAACAGGGUUUCACCCUCCCGGGAACCACCGUUGUUUGCGGUGACAGUCACACCUCCACCCACGGUGCGUUCGGUGCGCUUGCCUUUGGCAUCGGCACUAGCGAAGUCGAACACGUCCUAGCCACUCAGACCCUCAUCACCCGCCGAAGCAAGAACAUGCGUAUCCAGGUUGAUGGGACUCUGCAUCCAGGCGUCUCCAGCAAGGAUGUCAUCCUGCACAUUAUCGGCGUUAUCGGUACUGCAGGUGGAACCGGUGCUGUCAUUGAGUUCUGUGGAUCGGUGGUUCGGGGCCUGAGUAUGGAAGCGCGUAUGUCCAUGUGCAACAUGUCCAUCGAGGCCGGUGCCCGUGCUGGCAUGAUCGCACCGGAUGAGAUUACUUUCGAAUACCUCAAGGGCCGCCCCCUUGCGCCCAAGGUGGACAGCCCCGAGUGGAAGAAGGCCGUUAAGUAUUGGUCCAGUCUGAAAUCUGACGAUGGUGCUGUAUACGACAAGACCGUUCUCAUUGAUGCCAAGGAUAUCGUCCCGACUCUGACUUGGGGUACUUCCCCGCAGGAUGUCGUUCCCAUCACCGGUGUUGUGCCUGGACCGGACGAUUUUGUGGAUGAGAACCGAAAGGCCUCCUGCGAACGUGCGCUCGAGUACAUGGGCCUUACAGCCGGUACGCCGAUGCAGGAGAUCCCGGUGGACAAGGUGUUUAUCGGCUCUUGCACCAAUGCGCGUAUCGAGGACUUGCGCAAUGCUGCCAAGGUCGUGCGCGGCAAGAAAAUCGCAUCGAACGUUAAGCGUGCGAUGGUUGUGCCCGGCUCCGGUCUGGUCAAGCAGCAGGCUGAAUCAGAGGGUCUGGACAAGAUCUUUACCGACGCCGGUUUCGAGUGGAGAGAAGCGGGAUGCUCUAUGUGUCUUGGCAUGAACCCUGACAUCCUGUCGCCUCAGGAGCGGUGCGCCAGCACAUCCAACCGUAACUUCGAGGGUCGCCAGGGUGCCGGUGGUCGCACCCACCUCAUGUCGCCUGCAAUGGCAGCCGCCGCAGCCAUCGCCGGAAAACUGGCUGAUGUGCGCGAGCAUCUCAUUUCCAGUCCCGUCGUCAAGGCCCAGAAUAAGGUCGACGUCCAGCCAGAAUACGAGGAACCCACGACCGAAGAGGAGUUUGAGCGUAUCAUGGACGAACCGGCCGACAACGAGCCUCACACCAACACCACGGGAUCCUCAAGCACGGGUCUCCCUAAAUUUACAACACUCAAGGGCAUCGCGGCACCAAUGGACCGCGCAAAUGUCGACACGGACGCCAUCAUCCCCAAGCAGUUUCUGAAGACCAUCAAACGGACCGGCCUGGGCAGCGCUCUCUUCUACGAACUCCGCUACAAGGACGGCACCGAAAACCCGGACUUCAUCCUCAACCAGGGAGUCUACCGCAACGCCAAGAUCCUAGUCGUGACGGGCCCCAACUUCGGCUGCGGCAGCUCCCGCGAGCACGCACCCUGGGCUCUACUCGACUUCGGCAUCAAGUGCAUCAUCGCCCCCUCCUACGCAGACAUCUUUUUCAACAACACCUUCAAGAACGGCAUGCUCCCCAUCAUCAUCUCCGACGAGCAAGUCCUGGCCAAGAUCGCCUCCGAGGCUCGCGCAGGCCAUGAAAUCGAAGUUGAUCUCGUGAACCAGGAAAUCAAAGACGCACAGGGCAACAAGCUUGCCUCCUUCGACGUCGAGGAGUUCAGAAAGCACUGUCUUGUCAAUGGAUUAGACGAUAUCGGUCUCACCCUCCAGCAGGAAGGGAAAAUCCGCUCCUUCGAGGCUAAACGCUCCCUCGAUACCCCCUGGCUCGAUGGAACGGGCUACCUCAAGCGGAACCGUGGUCAACCAACUAUGAUCGCUGCCGCGCCGGUCCCCAAGACGAAUCGUGGUGACUUGAAGACCGAGCCGUUGGAAUGGUAAAAAAAGUUUGUGCCCCAUCUGGGUUUGUUGGUUUCGUUUCGGUUGGCUUUGGGAUUCUUUACGAUUGUUGUUCCGAUCGAUUUGACUGAUCUUAUAUAUGUAGUAGCUUGAUUCCCCUACCCCUAGGUAAUGUAGUUUACGAUGUUAUUUCAUACUUCAUAGUCCCAACAGUGUCCAUUUCAAGUAAUUCAGUAAUACCUCGUGAAUGCAGCGUUGCUACCUAAGUUUUGCUUCGGCGGAGGUAUAUCGACC